GUCUUGUUCGUGAAGAAGUAGAAGCAUCGAAAGGUUUGGAGAGGUAUUACAGGAACGGUGGCGACAACGGUGUUCCGGAAUUAGAGUGAGUAAGUGGUGGAGAACGAUUACGCGUGGGGACUUGGCAGGCCAUUACAGCCUUCUUGGCUUCCGUGGCGAAGCUAGCAUAACUUAAACACGUAGGCUGCGUACGCUGCUUGGCGCGACCGCUGGAACCUCAUCUCCUUAAAGCGGCGGUGUCCGCCCGACUUGGUCCGGUCACCUGGUAUGUAGGGCUGAAAUGGCAGGGGAGAAGAGGGCAUAAGUAAUCUUGCUGCUAUGCUUCCAAGCUGUAGUCUGAAUCAACCUAAAUUUUAAACGGAAGGUGAACCUCUGAGGUAGAAAAUCAAAUAUAUUUUAAAAGUCAGGAUGUGGGAUCAAGGAGGACAGCCUUGGCAGCAAUGGCCCUUGAACCAGCAACAGUGGAUGCAGUCAUUCCAGCACCAGCAGGAUCCAAGCCAGAUUGACUGGGCUGCAUUGGCUCAAGCUUGGAUUGCCCAAAGAGAAGCUUCAGGGCAGCAAAGUAUGGUAGAACAACCACCAGGAAUGAUGCCAAAUGGACAAGAUAUGUCUACAAUGGAAUCUGGUCCAAACAAUCAUGGGAAUUUUCAAGGGGAUUCAAACUUUAACAGAAUGUGGCAACCAGGCUGACAGGGGCUGGGAACACUGGAAACCUCACUUGGCAUCUAGGGAAGAGAGCAUUCUAUGUCUCUCUGUUGCAACCUCUGGCCUUUUCAGAAGCAGCACUGGCAGAGCAAAACAUGUCUAGCCUCUAAUUAAAGAAAUUCUGUGUCACUCUGUGACAAACUAGUCUGUCAAAUAUACUCUGCCCCUACUCUCCACCCAUCUUUUUCUUCCCUUUUUUUUCAGAUAGUGAAGAUCUUCAUAAGUUUUUAUGUUUUAUUUUUUGUUUGUUUGCUUUUUUUUUUUUACUUCACACUAUGAUUUAGAUUUCUUGAUGCUAGUUCAGUUUUCCAUGUCUUGUGUUAAUUAUUUUUAGUAGUCACUUCAAAAUAUUUAUAGAGGAAUCUUUAAGUAUGCUAAUGGUGAAGUUUUAAUCUCCCUUUCCCUAUUGAUACUUAUUAUUGUUUCUCAAUGUAAGAGUGGAAAAUUCAGGAGGUAAACCUCUAACAUCACUUUUUAAAGAAUAAUGAAUAUUCUAAUCUUUGAUACUCUGAGGUAGUUUAUUUCUAGUUUUCUUGAAGUUACACCAAAUUUCCCCAAAUUUGAAAAUGUUCUGGUUCCCAAGUUCAAGUUCAUAAAUAACUUACCCUGGCAUUCCUUCUCCCCAACUUUAUUCUACUGGCUCUCUUUGUGACCUGGGCAAGUGAUUUACCUCUGUGUGCCUCAGUUUCCCCUCUUUAAAUUGGCAAAAAUAAUACCUGCUUUCUCCCUACCUCACAGGGAUGUUGUGAGGAUAAAUGUGUUCAUGGAAGAAAGAAAUUAUAUAUUAAAUCUCAAGGUGUUAUUUUCUAUGGUAUUGUUAUUGAACAGAAAUAGAAAAAUUCAACAAAAAAAUUGCUUUGGAUUUUGUUACAUUUAUUAAAAUUUUGGGCAUUUGAUUUUUAUAUGUUUAGGAUAUGAAUUAGAGUGGAGUUAGCUCAUUUGAAUUAUUUAUUAGUUUAAUUAAUUGCUUAUUUUUAAGAUAUACAAGAGGAAUUUGACCAAGAAGUCAUAAAUUUUUAAAUCUGUUUCUUUGCUGAAAAAUCUUUCUUGAGAUCUUAAAAAUUUGUGUUGAUUUUGUUAUAACCCCUGUUGAAUGUUUUUAUGCCUGAAUCCUAAAUAGAAUGGGGAAUGCAUCAGCAGCCCCCACACCCCCCUCCAGAUCAGCCAUGGAUGCCACCAACACCAGGCCCAAUGGACAUUGUUCCUCCUUCCGAAGACAGCAACAGUCAGGACAGUGGGGAAUUUGCCCCUGACAACAGGCAUAUAUUUAACCAGAACAAUCACAACUUUGGUGGACCACCCGAUAAUUUUGCAGUGGGGCCAGUGAACCAGUUUGACUAUCAGCAUGGGGCUGCUUUUGGUCCACCGCAAGGUGGAUUUCAUCCUCCUUAUUGGCAACCAGGACCUCCAGGACCUCCAGCACCUCCCCAGAAUCGAAGAGAAAGGCCAUCAUCAUUCAGGGAUCGGCAGCGAUCGCCUAUUGCACUUCCUGUGAAGCAGGAGCCUCCACAAAUUGAUGCAGUAAAACGCAGGACUCUUCCAGCUUGGAUUCGAGAAGGCCUUGAAAAAAUGGAACGUGAAAAGCAGAAGAAAUUGGAGAAAGAAAGAAUGGAGCAACAACGUUCACAAUUGUCCAAAAAAGAAAAGAAGGCCACAGAAGAUGCUGAAGGAGGGGAUGGCCCUCGUUUACCUCAGAGAAGUAAAUUUGAUAGUGAUGAGGAAGAUGAAGACACUGAAAAUGUUGAGGCUGCUAGUAGUGGAAAAGUCACCAGAAGUCCAUCUCCAGUUCCUCAGGAAGAGCACAGUGAACCAGAGAUGACUGAAGAAGAGAAAGAGUAUCAAAUGAUGUUGCUGACAAAAAUGCUUCUAACCGAAAUUCUACUGGAUGUCACGGAUGAAGAAAUUUAUUAUGUAGCCAAAGAUGCACACCGGAAAGCAACGAAAGCUCCUGCAAAACAGCUGGCACAGUCCAGUGCACUGGCUUCCCUCACUGGACUCGGUGGACUGGGUGGUUAUGGAUCAGGAGACAGUGAAGAUGAGAGGAGUGACAGAGGCUCUGAGUCAUCUGACACUGAUGAUGAGGAAUUACGGCACCGAAUCCGGCAAAAACAGGAAGCUUUUUGGAGAAAAGAAAAGGAACAGCAGCUAUUACAUGAUAAACAGAUGGAAGAAGAAAAGCAGCAAACAGAAAGGGUUACAAAAGAGAUGAAUGAAUUUAUCCAUAAAGAGCAAAAUAGUUUAUCACUACUAGAAGCAAGAGAAGCAGAUGGUGAUGUGGUUAAUGAAAAGAAAAGAACUCCAAAUGAAACUACAUCAGUUUUAGAACCAAAAAAAGAGCAUAAAGAAAAAGAGAAACAAGGAAGAAGUAGAUCAGGAAGUUCUAGUAGUGGUAGUUCCAGUAGCAAUAGCAGAACGAGUAGUACUAGUAGUACUGUCUCUAGCUCUUCAUACAGUUCUAGCUCAGGUAGUAGUCGUACUUCUUCCCGAUCUUCUUCUCCUAAAAGGAAAAAAAGACAUAGUAGGAGUAGAUCUCCAACAAUUAAAGCUAGACGGAGUAGAAGUAGAAGUUACUCUCGCAGAAUUAAAAUAGAGAGCAAUAGGGCUAGAGUAAAGAUUAGAGAUAGGAGGAGAUCUAAUAGGAAUAGCAUUGAAAGAGAAAGACGAAGAAAUCGGAGUCCUUCUCGAGAGAGACGUAGAAGUAGAAGUCGCUCAAGGGAUAGGCGAACCAAUCGGUCCAGUCGCAGUAGGAGUCGAGAUAGGCGUAAAAUUGAUGAUCAACGUGGAAAUCUUAGUGGGAGCAGUCAUAAGCAUAAAGGUGAGGCUAAAGAACAAGAGAGAAAAAAGGAGAGGAGCCGGAGUAUAGAUAAAGAUAGGAAAAAGAAAGACAAAGAAAGGGAACGUGAACAGGAUAAAAGAAAAGAGAAACAAAAAAGAGAAGAAAAAGAUUUUAAGUUCAGUAGUCAGGAUGAUAGGUUAAAAAGGAAACGAGAAAGUGAAAGAACAUUCUCUAGGAGUGGUUCUAUAUCUGUUAAAAUUAUCAGACAUGAUUCUAGACAGGAUAGUAAGAAAAGUACUACCAAAGAUAGCAAAAAACAUUCAGGCUCUGAUUCUAGUGGAAGGAGCAGUUCUGAAUCUCCAGGAAGUAGCAAAGAAAAGAAGGCUAAGAAGCCUAAACAUAGUCGAUCGCGAUCCAUGGAGAAAUCUCAAAGGUCUGGUAAGAAGGCAAGCCGCAAACACAAGUCUAAGUCCCGAUCAAGAUCAACAACCCCUCCCCGUCGUAAACGCUGAGGAAUGAUGUGGCAAGAAUGCCAUGAUGUUUAAAAAAUUCCAUGAGUUUUAAGGGCUUGUCUCAUUAUAGAGGCACAUUGUGGCUGUGUAGGUGAAACCAGAAUUUUUUUUUUUUUAAUCUGUAAAUAGGUGUACUUUUUCCAAAUGCUGCUCCAAGUUACUUAAUAGGAUUUCUUUGUAUUACAUUUUUUUCAAAAAAUAGUGCUUAAUAAGACUAUAAACAUGCCAUUCUCUUUCAGCUGUAAUGUUCUUAAAAUUAUUCUUGAAUGUACUGUGAUGUCAAUAAAGCUCUUCAGUUCAUUUUUGUUAACCUCUUGCACCUUAAUUUUAUGAUUUUAAUCUAAGGAACGUACUUUUAUAAAAAGGCAGCUGGAAUUUUGUAUAACAGGUUUUAAAGGUACUUCCUCUCAUCUUCCCCAAAGAAAAUGGUUUUAACUUAAUAGUUUGUCAAAGUUUGUAAAUUGUACCCAUGGAUUUUUGUCAAAUUCCAACUUUAAGGGUGUGGAAGAGGGCCAAAAAUAGACCUUUACUUUUCAUUUGGAAACAUUUGACAGCUUUCUAAACUUUUUUUCCUAUUUUGAGGAUUUUCAAGUAAUAUAUUCUCUGUGUAUAAAGUAUGGUUUUCUUCUGUACAGUGAAAUUGCUGGAAUCAAUCAAGCCAGUGCACCAUUAGAGUCAUUUAUAAGGAACAGUUGUGUUUGACACUAGUAGUCAAGUCUGGAAUUAUAUUCUGCAAUUAUCCACUUCUGUUUUAAAAGCAUAUUUCAAACACUGGGGAUAUUACAGAAAUAAGACUCACAAUUCAGUAUAUUUAUUUAUAUUUUUAAAGUAUAAUAUGACCUCAACUCAGUGGAGGAAUGCUAUAUUAUGCAGGUUUGUGUCAAUUUCAUGACAUUAAAAUGGUCUGGUUUUGUCACUUUCUUAACAAUUACGAUCAGUGAGUGGUCUAGCUAUUUAAGGCAGUCAAAACUUACAAGUAAAAUGAGGCUCUGCAGGCAUUUAAAUGCCCAGCUGCUUUCAGGGUCUGUUUUUGUGUGAUUAUUGUCUUAUGCCACAAUCAGAUACAACUCUGAAAAGAAAUGCUUUUACAUUUUAAUUUAAAAAGGAAAAAAGCAGGUGCAGGUCACGGAAAAGUUUUAAAGUAUGCCUUCUUACCAGCAAUAGUUCAUUUUAAAAUAAGCCAGAUUUUUGCCAAGAUCAGUGUUUCUUCAAAAUGAAGGUAGAAAUAGAUUUGUAAGUGUGCUCUUGUACCUCUACAUAGGUUCCUAAAUAAUUUUGAACAGUUACGCAUUUAUCUAGAGGAAAUAAAUCAACUGUGAAUAAAUGCAUGUUUACCAAAAUGGUUGUUUUACAGUGCAUUUAGUUCUGAUAUUUAUAAAGUUGAUAUUCACAGAAUAACUUUUAAAUAGUUUGGAAUUCCAUAUAGUUUAGACAUCAGUCACGUGGAGACAAAAUGAAAAUGUGCAAUAUUUUUUAUGUAGGUGAGCUAACACAAUGUACCUAAUUGCAGAAUUAUCAGAUUAAUUUGUAAUAGAUAAGUUGUAUAACAUUUUCAUAUCUUAAAAUGUUUUUUAGAUCAAUCUUCAGGUUAAAAUAAUAUUUUCAAAAUAAAAUUCUACAGAAAAGUUCUGUUGGCUAUGAUAUGCACAUUUUUGGGCAAGACAAAUGACAAGAGCCAAAAAUAAUAUUUGACAGUUUUAUUUACUCUUCCAUAAUAUGCAAGCUUCUUAUCAUUUAAAUCUGUAGAUAUUUUUUAAAACACAGUCAUGAUAUAUGUGAUUAUUAGUAGAUACAUCAGUAUUAUAAUUAGAUAUUUGGGUUUUUUAGGUUUUAUGGAUAAUUUAGAGAAUUCAUCAUUUCACUGACAUGUAAUUAAGUAUGUUUACCUUAGUGGUAAGAUUUUUAUAAAAUAGGGCUUCCAUGAUUUGGGAUGUGAAUGCUAACAUGCAUAAGUUAACUAGAUACAUAAUUUGGUUAUGAAAUCUUCUAAAAUGAUACCACCAGAAAAUCCGUAGAUUCAAUUUUUGAGACAAUCAUUGGUCUGAAUUGGUUAAUAAAACUGUCUUUGGGUUCUCUUUUAAAAUAUUUCUAGUGUAUUAAUCAUACUUGUUUUUGUGCAGUGGGGGUAAACCACACCAUUAAGAGAAUAAAAUGUAAUUUGGAAGAGGUAAUUAUAAGAUUUGUUUAAUGAAGGCCCCAAAAUAUAAAUAAAGACUGGUGUGGAAUCUCAGUGUA